AUGAUGCUCCGGCUGCUGAGCUCCCUCCUCCUUGUGGCCCUGGCCUCAGGCUCUGGCCAGUCUUUCCACAACCCAUCCAGCCGUGUGGUCAAUGGUGAGGACGCAGUGCCCUACAGCUGGCCUUGGCAGGUCUCGCUGCAGUAUGAGAAGGAUGGGGCCUUCCACCACACCUGUGGCGGGAGCCUCAUUGCCCGUGACUGGGUUCUGACUGCCGCCCACUGCAUCUCGAGCUCCAGGACAUACCGGGUGGUGUUGGGUGAGUAUGACCGGGCAGUGAAUGAAGGACCCGAGCAGGUGAUCCCCAUCAAUGCUGGUGAUCUCUUUGUGCAUCCAAAAUGGAACUCCAUCUGUGUGGCCUGUGGCAAUGACGUUGCCCUCAUCAAGCUGUCACGCAAUGCUGAGCUGACAUCUGAAGUCCAGCUUGCUAAGCUGCCUCCUGCAGGGGAAAUUCUGCCCCACAAAACACCCUGCUACGUUAGUGGCUGGGGCCGUCUCACCACUGGUGGGUCACUCCCUGACAAGCUACAGCAGGGGCUGCUGCCUGUGGUGGACUACGCACACUGCUCCCAGCUGGACUGGUGGGGCAUCAGCGUGAGGGAGACCAUGGUGUGUGCCGGCGGGGAUGUCAUCUCCGGGUGCAACGGUGACUCUGGAGGACCCCUCAACUGCCCUGCAGCAGAUGGCUCCUGGCAGGUGCAUGGCAUUGCUAGCUUUGUCUCCUCUCUUGGCUGCAAUGCCCUCAAGAAGCCCACGGUGUUCACGCGUGUGUCAGCCUUCAAUGACUGGAUUGAGGCGAACCUGUGA